AUGUCUGUGUUCACAGGCGAACACACAAAGACUGACCGCUCAAGUAGCGAGGAUCUCAAGCUCCAGGUAACUGCCAGCAACCCACUUUUAGUACACUCAGCGACUGAGCCAGAGGAGAAAAUAGAGGGGGACGUGGACAGCAUCAGCAGCAGCGCCGAAACUUCAGCCACCCAUGACCACUUGCCCCACAAACGGCGGCGCUCGGAUCUUGGUUGUGCCAAGCCGCGACGCGCAAGAACUGCCUUCACCUAUGAACAACUGGUGGCUCUGGAGAACAAAUUCCGCUCUACGAGAUACCUGUCUGUGUGUGAGAGACUCAACCUGGCUCUGUCCCUCAGCCUCACUGAGACGCAGGUCAAGAUCUGGUUCCAGAACAGAAGAACCAAGUGGAAGAAACAGAACCCGGGUGCGGACAGCACAAUGCCACCCGGGCCCAACUCUUUGGUCAGUAUCAACCCAAGUCCUGUGACUUGUGUGUCGAGUUCAGCCAAUUACCAAACGUUCCCGUCUUUCAGCUCUGGGAACAUGAUCUUUCAUACUGAUGGUGCGGUUCCUUUGUCGUCCACUGGAGGGAUGUUACAUCCCUUCUUACCCAAUGGUUACCAUCUCCAGCCGUCCUACUUUACUCCACAUUUAUGAGACAUGCCCUGCUUCAUCUACUGCGACUUGGUCACAUUGUGAUUGUAAUUAUUGGACUCUCACAAAAGUGUAAUUUUUUAAAAGGGUCUGUCCAUAGACCUAAUGACAGACAUCAGUCUUCUCCCUUAAAUUAUUUGUUAAGAUGAUGGAGAAAAGUCUUCUGAAGGAGCCUGAUAUGUAAGGCUUCUUUUCAGAUAUAUGGGUGGUGAACAAGACUAUUUGUCAUUAGUAUAUCUGACGAUGUUGAUACAGCUGCUAUUCAUCGAAUUCCUCUGCAGCAAUGUAAUACGAAAAAACUGCUGUAUGUAGAGUGUAUGUACUAUAGAGAUUGUCGGCAAGAAUAGGGAACUUAACCAAUAUCCUGUUUUCUCUUUCCCUGUAUUUGAAUCUGUAAGGAGCAAAAUGUGGCAUGAUAAAACACUCAUCUCUCCUUGCUGUAAAUUUGUAGGGUCUCACUCACGUGCUUUCGCUGUUCACAUCUUCCAAUCUUGAAAAAUCUUAAAAACAUAUGUACAACAUAUAGUCCUAAUAUAUUAUGAAUUAUGUUUUUUGUUUUGGGUGGUUAGAAGCGAGAUGGAAUUAAUUGUGCAAAAAAACCAUAGAUAAUUUAGACUGUCACAGAAUGAACUACGAUCCUUGAUGCCAAGCUGGUGAAGGAGGUUUAAUCGCAGAUCAGAUUAAUUUGACUCGAUUCUGUAUCUCCUUCAGGCCAGCAUAGCUCCAUGUUAUUGAUGUCAAACAUUUAAUUUUUACAUCACUACAAAAAAUAUUUAGUUUGCAAGGACUGACUCAAUUGCUCAAUUCAGGAUUUAAGAAAUAUAUACAGUAUAUUACUAGGGUGCAUGUUUGUGGUGAUGAUGCACUUGAGAUGAGUGUUGUUGAAAUGCAUUUUGGAUCACAAAAAGGUUGAUUAUUUUGUUUUAGUAAAAGAGCAGCUCUGUUUAGUGCAGAUAAUUGUUUUUAUCAAC